AUGGCCAAGUCACACCUGCUGCCAUGGCUGCUGCUGCUGGCCACACUCUGUGGUCCAGGCACUGCUGCUGGGACCACCUACUCCCUGGCCUGUGCCCAGGGUCCCGAGUUCUGGUGCCAAAGUCUGGAGCAAGCAUUGCAGUGCAGAGCCCUAGGGCACUGCCUUCAGGAAGUCUGGGGACAUGUGGAAGCCGAUGACCUGUGCCAGGAAUGUGAGGACAUCUCCCGCAUCCUCACCAAGAUGGCCAAGGAGGCCAUUUUCCAGGACACAGUGCGCAAAUUCCUGGAGCAGGAGUGCGAUGUCCUUCCGCUGAAACUUCUGGUGCCCCAGUGUCGUCACCUGCUGGACACCUACUUCCCUCUGAUCGUUGACUACUUCCAGAGCCGGAUGAACCCGAAGUUCAUCUGUCAGCACGUGGGCCUAUGCAAGCCCAGACACCCAGAGCCGGGGCAGGGGCCAGAACCAUGGGGCCGUCUGCAGGACAUGUUGGUUCUCCCCCUGCUGCCAGAGGCCCCCCAGGCUAAGCCUGGGCCUCAGACACAGGACCUCUCCCAGCAGCGGUUCCCCAUCCCCCUCCCCAUCUGCUGGCUCUGCCGGACUCUGAUCAAACGGAUCCAGGCUGUGAUUCCCAAGGGUGUACUGGCCAUGACUGUGGCCCAGGUGUGCCACGUGGUACCCCUGCUGGUGGGCGGCAUCUGCCAGUGUCUGGUUGAGCGCUACGCUGUCAUCCUCCUGGACACGCUGCUAGGCCGCAUGCUGCCCCAGCUGGUCUGCGGCGCUGUCCUCCGGUGCUCCAGCGAGGACAGUGCUGGCCCAGCCCUCCCUGCCCUGGGGUCCCUGCCUGGAGAAUGGCUACCACAAGACUCUGAGUGCCAGCUCUGCGUGUUUGUGACCACCCAGGCAGGGAACAGCAGUGAGCAGGCCAUGCCACAGGCAAUGCGCCAGGCCUGCCUGGGCACCUGGCUGGACAAGCAAAAGUGUGAGCGGUUUGUGGAGGAGCACGCACCCCGGCUGCAGACUCUGGUGUCCAGCGGCUGGGAUGCCCACAGGGCCUGCCAGGCCCUGGGGACAUGUGCGACUCCGUUCAGUCCUCUCCAGUGUUUCUACAGCCCCCACUUCUGA